AUGGAGCAAGCCUUUGUUACUCUUACACAAGGAACCAAAAGUGUACGAGAAUAUGAAGCAGAGUUUAUACGCCUCCAGAAGUAUGUCAACUAUGGAUAUGGUGACGAUGGAGUUAUGGUCAGAAAAUUCUUACAAGGACUUACACCAGAGAUUGGCGGAAGACUACAAGCAGUAACCUACACGCACCUCUAUGACUUGAUUGAAAAGGCGGUCAAUGUGGAGAGCUUCAUAAAGAGAGAGAAAGCAAUGGCGAAUCGAGGCAAGGACAACCGGAGCCAAGGAUCAGGCUCAAACCCAAGAAACGUCUCAACUACAAAGAAGACCUACCCAACCACCCAAGGAGAAAGACCAAGAACGGAGAACAUGAGCAGAGGAGAUGGAGCUUGUUUCGUUUGUGGAAGCAAGGGUCAUUUUGCAAGAACUUUCCCGGAGAAAAGAGAGAAUGGAAUGGCAGUAACUACUCAAUACCAGCCAACAUGCUACUAUUGUGGAGUCAAGGGACAUUUCUCCAACAACUGUCCCACCAAGACCAAUAUAGCGCCAAGACCAGCGGAUAGACCACCGGCAGCGACCCGAUCAGCGAACGAAGCCCCAAACAAGCGCCGAACCCCUGCAAAGCGUGUUUACGCUAUGGGCGCUGAGAUUGGUGAACACCGAGACCAAUCUGGCGGUCCCAUUACAGGGAUGGUGUUUGGAUACCUCAGUGUCCCCCAAAGAACUGGGAGACUAGGUCGUGGUCUGGAGAUGGGAGACGGCCAUCAGGAGCACUCCAUGCAACUGGGGUUGCCUCUUGUGGCUCACUCGAUCGAGCUUGCGGCUCCUCUUCCUCCUCUUCUUCAUCUCAAAGUGGGUGUGGCUUCCUUGGCCUUGGUGGAGCAUGGCUAG